ACAACAUUUCCAUCACAACCAAAAAUCUCCGACACCCCUCCCCCACCCCAAAAACGAAGACAAGAAAGAAAAGAAACCCGACGUUAAAAGAAAUAAUGGGUUCUUCAAUGAAAUUAUCAUUGAUCCUUUUCUUUACUUGCUCUCUCUUUGUUCAAAACACACUAGCAAACGUGAUUUGUGAGAAUUUGCCCACAAAUAUGUGUUCUUUUGCCAUUGCAUCAUCGGGAAAGAGGUGUGUGUUGGAGAACCACAAAAGUCCACAAGGUAAAACAUGUAAGACAUCAGAAGUUGUGGUGGAGAAAUUAUCUGGAUACAUUGAGACAGAUCAGUGCGUGAAUGCAUGCGGUGUUUGCCGUGAAGCCGUUGGAAUAUCCUCCGAUGCCUUUCUCUCAUCAGAGUUCACUGCCCAUCUCUGUUCUCCUGCUUGCUUCCAUAACUGCCCUAACAUUGUCGACCUCUUUUUCAACCUUGCUGCCAGCGAAGGAGUAUCUUUGCCAACUCUUUGUAAGAAUCAAGAAGAGAAUCAUAGAGCCCUGUUGACAAUUUUGAGCCGUGGUGGUGUCACCCCUGGUCCGGUAGCUGCUCCUCUUGCUGCUCCUACAUCUUUAUAAUUUUUGUAAUAAAAGAUUAAAGAUUCAAUUGUAAGCUCAUCAUUCAUUAACUUUUAUGGCGAUAUUAGUCAUAAAUUUAUAGAAAAUUUAGUCGGAAUUUGAAUGAUGAAAUCAAGUUAAUUAUAUAGUGAGUGUAUUUUUUAA